UUUGUCCAUACUACACAGGAGAGUAGUGCGCGGAGUGGAAGCUUGGUGUAGCGGAGUAGCGAUGGCGCAGGGCAAACAGAAAUUUAAAGCACAGCGACCCGGUGGAGCGAAAAAACAACAACAAAACAAACCGAAAGGACCAAAGAAAGGAGGUCGGAUCAUCGCCCCAAAAAAAGCAGCAAUAGUUCAACAACAGAAACUAAAAAAGGGUCUGGAGGUGGCCAUCAGGAAUAAGAUUGAACAGGAGGUGACUCAGAAAGCCAGCACCUCCUUACACAAGCGGCUGAGUGUACUGAAGACCCCUCAGGGAAAAGGAGGAGCAGCAGGAAACACCAAAACCACCACCGCACCUUCCAAAUGACUUGUCACCCUGCUCCUGCGUGUCAUUCCGCUUACAACCACUAGGUGCUGAUAGAGCCUGACCCAAACCCCUGAACUGUAGAAAGCAGCUGGGAUCAGGUUUUAUAGCCACGGUGUCAUUUUUUAGAUGAGAAUGUUUAUCAGUCGUGCAAAGAUUGACACAAUAUUCACAGUUAACAUGGACCCUUACGAAUACAGUUACUCCGUUAUUAGAAGAGAGUUCUGUGUGUGUUAGAGCCAGGAUAAAGGCUCUUUUGUAGCUCUUUUUUUUUUUUAAAUAUAGUACAUUCUCAGGAAUGAUAACUUCCUCAGCUUGCACUGUUUAAAAAAAAAAAAGGACAAACUUGAAACUGGAUAAUCUUGACUUUGCUGUCUGGUCAUAUGGCUAUAAAAAAAAAAAAAACAAAGCUCAGCCAAAAACAUUCAUUCUGCCAAGACAAGUUUUCCAAUAAAAAGGAAACAGAAGACGGAUAAUAAAUGUUAACCAUUUACAGGUUGGGUUUAUUCAAAGUCACUUUUCCAUUAAAAAAAAAAAAACAACAAUCGAGCAUGCCAUCAGAUUUCUCCCAAAGUCUUACAGAUGUCUCUCGCUCACUCACUCACAGCUGUAAGUGGGUCUGAAGAGAAGUAGUCUUUGAUGGUAAAUCAAAAGUAGGCACUUUUGACCGAGACAGUGCUGUGGUUAAACCUGGGUGAGUGUUCACACACUUGGUACUGCUUUUUUUUUUUAAAUGCUAUGACCAUCAGAGGUGGAAAACAAAAACAUCUCUAAAGUCCCAGUAAUGCCCAGUCCAUGUUUUAUUAUUAGUGUGGGUCUCCCCCCCCCCCCCCCAACUGAAAUAGCUCAUGAUUGUAUAAAACAUUCCCAAAAUAUAAUAAAGUCCAUUAACAGCA